AUGGAUAAUUUAUUGCCAGGAGAGUCGUCGAAGAUUUUAAGCAAGACAAAACUGCGCUUCCGUUCGCUCAAAUUGGUUGAUUUCAAUGAAGACGAAAAUUUGGCGGAGACACCGUACGGUGCGGAUUACGGCCGCCUAAGCAAUGGUCUCACUUACUAUGUGUCCACUAAUUCGACGCCUAAAAAGAGAGCCGCUCUCUCCCUCGUCGUUAAUGUUGGCUCUGUAUUGGAAGAAGAGGAAGAGCGUGGAGUCGCUCAUAUAGUUGAGCAUCUAGCAUUCAGUGCCACCAAGAAUUAUACAAACCAUGAUAUCGUAAAAUUUGUCGAAAGUAUCGGGGCCGAGUUCGGUCCCUGCCAAAAUGCUUCGACAACCGAAGAUGAAACUAUUUAUGAGUUAUUUGUUCCUAUUGACAAGCCUGAACUAAUAUCUCAGUCCAUUUCAGUCUUGGCAGAGUUUAGUUCUGAGAUUCGUGUAUCGGUGGAUGACUUAGAAACAGAAAGGGGAGCUGUACUUGAAGAGUAUAGAGGGAGAAGAGAUGCUGAUGGAAGGAUGAAUGAUGCUCACUGGGCUGUCAUGUUGGAGGGCUCAAAAUAUGCAGAGCGAUUACCGAUUGGACUCGAAAAUGUAAUUCGUACGGUGAGUCCCGAGAUUGUGAAGCGAUUCUACAACAAGUGGUACCAAAUGCAGAAUAUGGCUUUGAUUAUUGUUGGUGAUUUUCCUGAUACACAGAGUGUUGUCGAGUUGAUAAAAACCCACUUUGAAGAUAAAACUCCAAAACUCGAUCCUACUCCGAUACCGCGAUUCACGGUACCAUCACACGAGGAGCCACGUUUUUCGGUGUUCGUGGAAUCAGAAGCAGCUGGGUCCGUAGUGGGGAUUACUUUCAAGAUUCCAACGAAUUGGAUGAAAACCGUGAAGGAUUAUAGGAAUUUUAUGGCCGAAGACAUGUUUUUCAAUGCGAUGAACCAAAGAUUAUUCAAAUUGUCUCAUAAGAAAGAUCCACCCUAUUUUUCAUGCUCGGCGGCUUCCAACGGUCUCGUCCGCGCAACAAAGGCCUAUACGAUGACAUCAUCAUGUAAGCAUAAUGGGAUUAUCGAGUCACUGGAAUCAAUGCUGAUUGAGCAUUUUUUCGGAAAGCUACCUGUUGUUGACCCUGAAUACGAGGCGAAAUUAUUUAAAACUAUUCUACCUUAUGUAUCAGCUUCCGAGGUAUCCCAAUUCUCGGAAUAUUUCCGGACAUCAUUUAACUGCGUCAUAAAAACAAUUGAGCCUCAAGCGACCGCAACAUUGGACGAUUUAAGAAGCGUUGUUUUAAGGGUCAAUGCUUUGGAAGAAGAAGGAAGCAUUUUCCCGUGGGAAGACGAAAGCACCGUCGAAGAAAUUGUUCGCGUCGAGCCAACUCCAGGUCAUGUGGUGCAGCAGCUCGAGUAUCCCAUCAUUGAUGCUACUGAGUUGAUUCUGUCGAACGGAAUGCGAGUUUGCUGUAAAAGCACAGAUUUCUUUGACGACCAGGUUUUAUUCACAGGUUUUUCCUACGGGGGUCUAUCGGAACUCAAAGAAAGCGAUUAUUUCUCGUGUUUGAUGGGUUCCGAUAUAGCUGAACAAACUGGUUUAUUUGGUCAUAGAGCUGAAGUGCUAACAGAUAUGCUUGCUGGUAAAAGAGUUAAUGCAGGUACAAGUUUGGGUAUAUAUAAGCGAAGUUUUUCUGGCUACUGCUCUCCUUCAGAUUUGGAAAUUGCACUCCAGACAAUGAAAAUGGAUGAUCUAAAAGAAGUUGAUCCGGUCAAGGGUUGUGAAUAUUUCAAUAAUUCCUUUAAGGACCCCUCAACUUUUACUGUUGUAAUUAUUGGAAAAAUUGAACCUACCAUUGCUUCUCCAUUGAUAUUGCAGUAUCUUAUGGAAGAUAAACACUUGAUCCAAUUCAUGAGCAAGCUUCUAGAAACAAAGAUACUGCAAGUUCUUCGAUUUAAGCAUGGACAAAUAUACUCAACUGGAGUUUCCAUGUUCUUUGGAGGUAACAAACCUUCAAGAGUUGGCGACGUCCGUGGAGAUUUAAACGUUUACUUUUCUUGCGAUCCAGUAAUCUCAUCAACACUGCUCGCUAAUUCGCAUUGGAUGAUAUAUAUAAUCAACGCAAAGGUUGAUCUCGUCUUGGAUGAAAUCUUGCGUCUUCAAGUGGAAGGACCUUCAGAUGAUGAUGUCUCUGCCAUCCUUGAAAUUGAACAGAGGACCUACGAAAUAGAAUUGCAGGAUAACUAUUAUUGGUUGGAGAUGAUUAUGUCAAGCUAUCAGUCGAGGAAUUAUUCCGGUGAUAUCGAUGCUUCUUUCAAGGUUUCCAUAUGUUUUUUCCACGAUCAUAACUAA